AUGGAUGCUGCAGCAAGACUAGACAAGGAAACAAAAGACAUCACUUCCAUGACGAUGGAGAUAGCAAAUCGCAUUCACCAGUACACUGGUGUUGGCAUCAAGAUCCGAGAAAAUCGAGAGGUCGUCGGAAUUCUUCCGGGCAGCAAUGCCGAAAGGAGUGGGAAUGUGAUGAUUGGAGACAAAUUGUUGAGGAUCGACGGCCUUGACUUGCCAGAAAGACUUCCAAUCAAGAACAUCUCUGCAUUGAUGCAGGGCGAGCCGGAAACCGCAAUUUGUCUGACUUUCCUGCGGGGAAAUCACGAGCUCGUUGUGAAUUUGGAACGGAACAAGGCAACUCCGCGGAUUGUCAAUGAUGAUUCGAUGCCAUCUGAGCAAAAUCUUCAAGCAGUUUCCUCCGGAGCUUUGUGGUGUCCUGGAAUAGAGCUGGAUGAUGACCUUUUGAUUAGUAAGGUAGCGCAGUCACAACCAGAAGUCUUGGCCGGUGAUGAAAUCAUAUCUAUCAAUGCCAUCCGAGUGUCUGGUUUGGAUAAGAAGCAUGUUUAUCGAUUGUUAGAAUCAAGUCAAGAAGGAGAGCGGAAGACGAUACUACUUUCAAGGAGAUCUCGGAUUGGUGGUGCCAAUGACCUGGUGGUUGCAGAGGUGGAUUGCGUGUUUGAGUACCGAGAGCAUGCAGAUGCACAAGAGCAAUCGAAUGAUCCUGGGAAGCGAAGCGCCAAAAAGUCCAAUUUCGGAGGUUUGAGUGGCUUACUUUCAGGAGUUUCGAGAAAACUCUCCACUGUUUUCACUUGA